AUGCGUUAUCAUAUUUUUCGCGGUCCGUGCGUUCGAUGUUUUGUUGUUUUGUUUUGUUUUUUGACUAAUAUUAUUAUGAGCGGAUUAUUUAUUCCUUCGCCACCGCCACCGCCACCACUACUACUACUACUACCCUCAAAAUUCUUUAAUAUCUGCUUAGUGUUUUGCGAUUGCGCAGUCAAAAUAAGGAAGUCACUGCAGUGGCAAGGAAUGGGUGUGUGUGGGGUACCUUUCAUGAUUGAAAAAGAAAAAAAAAGAAUAAAGGAGGAAGAGAAGGAGUGGAUUAUGUCUUACGAUAUAUUUAGUACCUGUACUUAUUCAUUUGCUUAUUUUUUUAUUUAUUUGAAUUCUCAUUCUCACAUUCUCCCGUUUUGUGUUUUUUUUUUUUGGCCUUGUAUUCGAUUGGUUGGUUGCGCGUCAUUACCGCUAUUACAUUGCACGUUUCCGUUGGUACUGCAACUUUGGUUGGUUGAACCAUACGACACGAAGCAAUAA